AUGGAGGCCAAGAAGCAGGGUCAGAAGAGGGGGGGCGACGGAGACGAUUCGGCGAACGUGAAGCGGAGCAAGGGAGCCGGGGGGUCUCACGUCGCCGGCGACGGGAGCAAGGGGGCCGGAGAAGGUGGCGGCGGCGGGGGAGACGGAGACGAUUCGGCGAGCGUGAGGCGGAGCAAGGGAGCGGGGGGGUCUCGUGUCACCAGCGAAGGGAGCAAGGGAGCCGGUGAAGGCAGUUCGGGGAAGCAGUCGGGGAAGAGCGUGGUCCACAUCCUCAAGAAGCACUGGGCUACUGUUUCAUCGCCCAACACGGGCCAUGGUGGUGGGGGUCCCGCCGACGAGCAUGCCGCUGAUGACGCACGGCCAAGGGCUCCGCCUGUGGUGGCCGAGAAGCCGCCACGACAGGGUAGCGGAGAGAAAGGGCUGAGCGGCAAGGAAAAGGCUGCCGCCAAAACGACCCCAGGCGUUUCCGCGAAAACUGGCCAAGGGCCGACUGCCGGGGUAGUGAAGGCAUCAGCGGUUCCUCACCAGCCUCCCGCGGGUGCACGCCCUCCGACCGGACUGUCUGCCGGGGGACCUGCCGACGUCCCGCGCCAUGCCGACGUCCCGUCUGCCGACAAGGUUGGCCGCGCGGGGAAAGUGGCGGCAGUUGCUGACGCGCUAAAGGAGCAGCUGAGGCUCCUUGCCGGCCACAAGGCUCCUCAACAGCCUCCUCCCGCUGUCGACGUCUCAUCGGCCGGUGUGCCACGUGUAGUGCCGGUCAUCGCCGCCCGUACUCCUGCAGACCCAAAGUCCGCGUUCCUGCGCGCCCAGUUGGGCGCACUAGCGUCGACUGCGCCAACUCAGAAGGCAUCCGGCUCUGGCGCUACGUCGUCGUCGGCGAAUGUCGCACCACCCACCCCUGCGGCAGUUGAGGCCCAUCUGGAUGCCGCCAAACCCCGAACACUGGCCAUCUCCGACACGGCACAUGUGGAGCCUUCGGCGGGUCCCGUCGGCAGUUCAGCAGAGCCUAGUGCGAUCGGUGAUGCUGCCGGUGAAGGAAAGGCGAAACGGAAGGGGAAGGCGGGCUCACAAAGGAAGACGCGGGAGAGGUCGGAGGUGAAGGCGGCGGAUAGAGGGAAGGCGAAGGCGGCGGAUAGAGGGAAGGCAAAGGCGGCGGAGACGGCAGCGGACAAAGAUGGUGGCGGCAAUACGGGGAUGAAAGGGAAAGCGGGGGAGCAUCAGGAGAAUUCGCUCGGCGAGGGUACGUCGACGGGGAGGAAGGGGAAGGACAAGUCGGUCGGAGAAGGUACGUCAACGGGGAGAAUGGGGAAGGAGAAGGCGGUCGGCGAUGCUUUGUCGAAGGGGAGAAAGGGAAAGAAGAAGGCGGAGGAGGAUGAGGAGGUCAAGGAGGUGGAGGAGGUAGAGCAUGAGGAGGAGGAAGAGGAGGAAGAGGAGGAGGAGGAGGAGGAGGAGGAGGAGGAGGAGGAGGAGGAGGAGGAGGAGGAGGAGGAGGAGGAGGAGGAGGAGGAAGAAAAGGGCAAGGAGAGGAGGGGUCAUGGCAUCCGACACGACAGCUCGGGCGACGGGGAAGGGUGGGUCGGCGAGAUUAAGGUGCACGGCAUCAAUCGAAACAUCGGCAAGUCGCGUGACAAGAUGGAGCUCUCGUACGUGCACUCCAUCGCGUACGUCGUCUACGACGGUUUCGUGAGCAAGGUGCUCAUGUCUGAGCUCAUCGUCUUGGACAGCGCCGAAUUGGGGAGGUGGAAGGAGGUGCGGGAGGAGGUCAAGAUCUUGCCGACAAGGAUGUGGACGGUGAUGUGGGCCCGGGGUACGCUCCUUCCGAAGACACGGCUGAACGAUAUCCUCGACAAGUAUCGUCAUUACAAGGCCUCAGGCGAUGCUCUCCAUGCCGCGCUCCUGCCAGCGAUAUGGUACCCAGUUGAUGCCAACACCGAGGAUGGCCAAAAGAAGUCGGCGUCUAUGAUGUCGGCGAUGAUAGGUCGCGUGUCCAUGUGCGCUGCGAACGCGGCGAAGAAGGAGGGAGACAAGGAGGAGAAGACGGAUAUGGCGGCAUGGGCGUUAGCAGCGUCCGCAUGCGCUGUGUGGUGCUUCGUCGAGAACGGCGAUGCCCAGGUGGCGGAUGCUAUGGAGGAAGGGAAGGCGGCGGCGCUUGUGUGCGGAGCAAGCCAGGCGACCGCCGAUGUAUUCGGAACUGUCAUGGAGGCGGUGCAGAACGUCGCGAUCAACAGGGACCGCCCCCUGGGAGAGGUUGCGUACAACGUCGCGCCAGCACUGCAGAGGCACGCCCUUGACAAGGUCUACCCGGGGGGGAAUGCUGGCGUCGAUGCCGACGUGGUCGCUAGAGCCACGGUCGAGACCAUGGCGUUCUGGGGAAUGUGCCCCGUCGCCGGGCCGAAACUCAAAGCGAAGGAUAUCGCGGUGCCGUGCGACGCGCAGAUGAAGGCCGACCUUGACAACAGGGGGAGGAGGGGUCAGAGGGGCAAGAAGGGGACGGAGGCCAAGGGCGGCACGGGGAAGAAGGGGACGAAGGCCAAGGACAGCACGGCGGCGUAG